AUGGCCUCCAGUCAGGCCAGAGAACUGAGCGAUGAGGCUUGGGCUGAAAAGGAAGGCCUGCCCAGCCUUGACCAGCCUUUCAUUCAGAAGUACCUUGACGGGAGGGACGCACUCAUUGCCCGGGAGAAAAGCCAACGCAGCGAUCAUGCGUUUCGCGAGACAUCAUCUCCAAUGGCUCGAGAAGCGGAGGCGAUUAUCGUCCAGAUUCGCUUUGAAGAGCAGCAGACUCUUUGGUCGCCAGGCAUGGACGACGAACUGGCUCAAUCGACACAAGGACCAGUUUUCCCGGGGAUGAUGUUCUCACUUGCAAAGGAGCGCAUGGAGAAAAGCCAGCUCUGGCAAAUUGUAAAGAAAAUGCCGAAAGGAGCACUUCUCCAUUGUCACCUGGAUGCGACUGGUGAUAUGGACUGGCUUAUCGAGACAGCCUUCGCCACUCCUGGAAUAUGUAUUCUUGCAGACAAGUCUCUCCAUACUGCCGAGCUACGACAAAACGAAAUGUUCGGUUUUCGCUUCGCAAAAGCGGAGAAUACGUCUUCAGGCCCACCGCUGUGGUCCGAGUCGUAUACGCCCUGCGAUCGCAUACCCAUCGCUGUGGCCGCUGAAAGCUUUCCACAGGGCGGCAAGGAAGGUUUCAAGAAGUGGCUCAAGUCAAGGAUCACCAUCACAGAGGAAGAAUCCAUCGCGCAUCACAUGGGUCCAAAUGAUAUCUGGCGCAAGUUCAUCUCCUGCUUCGCUAUCGUCAAAGGUCUCCACCGAUACGAGCCCAUCCACCGCGCUUUGAUCCGUAACAUGCUGAAGAGUCUGCAUGCGGAUGGCAUACGGUGGGUCGAUAUCCGGACGGACUUCACCGUACCUUACUUCAAAGAAGAGUCUGAAGAGCCCAGUCCCGAUGCUUUUGACUUUCUGGAUGCUUUAGAAGUGGAAAUCGAUAACUUCAAAAACUCGGAGGAGGGCAAAGGCUUCUGGGGCGGCCGACUGAUCUGGACGGCCAUCCGUCACGGCGGCACGAAAGAGAUCGUGGAAGAUAUGAAACACUGCAUCGCAAUGAAACUCGAAUUUCCCGAACUACUUGGCGGUUUCGAUCUCGUCGGCCAGGAAGACUUAGGCAGACCCCUAGCAGACCUGUUGCCGGAACUCUUCUGGUUCAAGAAAGCACAGGCAGAGAACGGCAUCGACAUACCCUUCUUCUUCCACGCCGGCGAAACGCUCGGUGACGGCGACAGCGUCGAUGAAAACAUGUACGAUGCCAUCUUACUGGGGACACGACGCAUCGGACACGGCCUUACAUUGUACAAACACCCUCUCCUGUGUGACAUGGUCAAAGACAAACGGAUCCUCGUCGAAUCCUGCCCCGUCUCCAACGAAGUCCUCCGCUUCACCGGGUCCAUCAUGCACAACACCCUUCCAGCUCUCCUCGCGAGAGGCGUUCCUUGCUCCCUCUCGAACGACGACCCUGCCAUCCUCGGUCAAGGCACGAGCGGUAUGUCGCACGAUUUCUGGCAGACCUUGCAAGCGUGGGAGAAUCUCGGACUGGCCGGGCUGGCGAACAUGGCCGAGAAUAGCGUCCGAUGGGCGAAUUUCGACAAUUGCAAUUCCAAGGAAUGGUCGCAGAGUAUCAAGGAUGGUGCCUUUGGGAAAGGAAUUCGCGCGCAGAGAAUGAAGGAGUGGGCGGCGGAAUUCGAAAAGUUCUGUCAGUGGGUGGUGCUAGAGUAUGGCGAAGGAAGAGACUUCAUCGACUGA